CCCAUUCAGCUUCCCCCGAACUUUAUCCGUUCUGCUCAAGGCAAAAAUCUCUACUCCAGUCCAUACCAGCAAUGGCGCUCUGCAGCUCCACAACCACCUCAACCUUACCUCAAUUCAAACCCACUUCUUCCACCCCAUCUCUCUCUCUCUCUAACUCUCUCUUUCUUCAAUCAAACUACACUAGCACCGCCCACAGAUUCUUCACUUCUCACAAACUAUCAACUCCUCCUUCCCGCCAAUUCUCUCUCCUCCAACCCCAAUCUACAAGAUUUUCAACCGUGUUCGCAGCUUCGGCUUCAUCCGCUGCGGUAGCCGAUGUACAAGACAAACUUCCGGCUGAUAUCUUGGUCACAGAAAUGAAAGAACCCAAUUCCAGAGUUCGAUUGAGUGUAGAAGUUCCACCAGCUGUUUGCGAGGAUUGUUACAAUAGAAUCAUAAAGGAAUUCAUGAAGAUGGCGAAGGUCCCCGGAUUUCGCCCAGGGAAGGAAGUUCCAGAGAAUAUCCUGGUUGGUCAUGUAGGGAGGAAAAAUAUUCGGCAGGCUACUGUUGAAUCAAUUUUGGACAGAACUCUUCCACAUGCCAUGUCUUCGGUGAGUGGAAGGGCUUUGAAAGACUCAGUCCGCAUAGCAACCAAAUUCUCUGACAUGGAAGAGACUUAUUCUUCUCAAAAUUUGGUUAGAUAUGACGUCAUUGUUGACCUGGCACCGGAGGUCAGGUGGAUUCCUCAGGAUGGAUACAAGAAUUUGAAGGUAGUUGUUGAGAUAGAUAGUGAAAUAGAUGCUCACAAAGCUUCUAAACAGGAAUUAAGGCGCCGGCACAAACUUCUCGGUUCCAUGAGAAUUGUUACUGACAGAGGCCUACAGGUUAAUGAUGUUGCAGUCCUUGAUAUAUCAGCAACGACAAUUGACCAAGAUGAAUCUAACAUUAAAAAGAUCCCUUCUGCAGAAAGUAAAGGCUUUAACUUCGAUACAGAGGAUGGAGAUAAAGUCCUUCCUGGUUUCUUGGAUUCAAUAAUUGGAAUUCAACGAGGUGAAACAAAAUUGUUUCCACUUGUAUUUCCUGAAUCAUGGAGGCAAGAGAAUCUUCGAGGUGUUCACGCUCAAUUUACUGUUGAAUGUAAGGAACUAUUUUACAGAGAUCUACCAGAGUUGGACGACUCCCUUGCUGAUAAGCUUCUUCCCGAAUGCACUACCCUUAAGCAGGUCAAAGAAUCCUUGCUACAACAAUUCUUAGAAUUGGAGCAAACAGCCAAAGAUCAAGCAACAGAUAAUGCCAUUCUUGACCAGCUUCGCAAGAUGGUUGAAAUUGAAAUUCCUCAAUCAUUGUUCGAGGAACAAGGUAGGCAACUUUAUGGAGCCAAACUUCUACAAGUACAGGCAAAUAUGAAACUGAAUGAGCAGCAGUUAGCCUCUCUAUCAAGUCCAAGAGCAGUAAAGGAAUACCUGGAAGACCAGAGGGAGGAUAUAGAGGGUAUAAUAAGGCAAAAUCUAGCCGUUGGAGACAUAUUUAAACGUGAAGAUUUGCGGUUUUCAACUGAGGAGUUGGUGAAGGAGGUCGAGAACUCGAUAGCUGAAUUUAAACGUCAAAAUCAAGACUACGAUGAGGAGCGCGUGAAGGAACAGGUGCAAGAAAUUUUGGAGGGGGCAAAAGUGCUUGAAUGGUUAAGAGAACACGCGGAGAUCGAGUAUAUAACGCGAUGAGAAAGAGAGAUCAGAUUGGAUUUUUAAUUUUCCUUUUAGAGGUCCUUUCCCCACCAGAAAUUCAUCCUCCUUCAGCAUAGGCAAAAUAGCAUGAGUGGCAUGAUGAUUGAUUCUGAAUUUUUCACUGAAAAACAAAGAAAACUGGCAAUUUGUUGGAAAAUAGUUUCAUUUUUUGUUUUUGUUUUUUGGUUCUUUGUGAGGCAACAGCAAACAUUGUCUUAGGCUCAGUUUGGAUGCCCAUAAUCUUUAGUAUGAAUAGAAAUUUGAUUACCAGGAAUCAAAUUCAUAGUAAUCUUAUUU